AUGGACAAAAGAAAAUAUGUGGUAGAGACCUGCUGUGCAAAUAAAGACGAUAAAGUGAAGAAAUAUGAAGAAGGUGAUCAAAGUGCCUGCUCUGAGGAAAAUCAUUGGAGCCUCGAAGGAACUGAGGUUGGAGUAAAUGCUUUUGACUUUCAUGAGGGUGGUAAUUAUACCUUUAAUCAUCCCAUCAGAUCUCACACUGAAUAUGAACCAUACCAGCAUAAAGAACAUGGAGAAAGCUGCUGUUCUCCGUCUUAUAUAAAACAUCAUUCAAAUACUGUUAAUGGGGAAAAAGUCUGUAAAUGUGAGAAUUGUGGAAAACCCAAGGAUAAUUGCUCAUCCCUCACUAAGUACAUGAGUACAACUUCCAGUGAAGAGAGGCCUUAUGAAUGUAAAGAAUGUGUAAAAGCUAUUAGUCUACACUUAUCAUUAACUCACCUUACAAGUACUUAUAGUGGAAAGAGACCUUAUGAAUGUAGGGAACAUGAGAAAGCCUUUUGUCAUGCCACAGCCCUCACUAAACCUAUAAAAAUUCAUAGUGUAGAGAAGCCUCUUGAAAGUAAGGAAUGUGGGAAAUCCUUUAGUUAUUCCUCAAAGCUCAUUAAACAUAGAAGAUCUCAUAGUGGAGUAAAGCCUUAUGAAUGUGACAAAUGUGGGAAACCCUUUUAUCUUCACACAAAUCUCAUUCAACAUAAAUUAACUCACAGUGGAGAGAAAUCUUUUAAAUGCAAUGACGGUGGAAAUGCUUUGAGUCAUUCCUCAACGCUCAGUGCACAUGAAAAAUCUCACAGUGGAGAGAGACCUUAUGAAUGUAAGGAAUGUGGGAAAGCCUUUAUUACAUCCUACAAACUUACUCAACAUGUAAGAUCUCACCUUGGAGAGAAGCCUUAUGAAUGUAAGCAAUUUGGAAGAGGUUUCACUCGGUCAGACAGUCUUACUAAACAUAUCCGGUCUCACACUGGAGAGAAACCUUAUGAAUGUAAAGAAUGUGGGAAAGCUUAUCGUUAUACCUCUCAGCUCACAGAACAUACAAGAUCUCACAGUGGAGUAAAGCCCUAUAUAUGUGAGGAAUGUGGGAAGGCCUUUCAUCUUCAGAAACUACUCACUCAACAUAAAAAAACACACAGUGGAGAGAAGCCUUAUAAAUGUAAUGAAUGUGGAAAAGCAUUUCUUCGCACCUCACACUUCUCUGACCAUAAACUGUCUCACAGUGGAGAGAAGCCUUAUGAAUGUAAGGAAUGUGGGAAAGCCUAUAUUACAUCCUACAAACUUACUGAGCAUGUAAGAUCUCACCUUGCAGAGAAGCCUUAUGGAUGUAAGCAAUGUGGAAGAGCUUUCACUCGGUCAGACAGCCUUACUAAACAUAUCCGAUCUCACACUGGCGAGAAACCUUAUGAAUGUAAAGAAUGUGGGAAAGCCUAUCGCUAUACCUCACAGCUCUAUGAACAUACAAGAUCUCACAGUGGAAUAAAGCCCUAUGUAUGUGAGGAAUGUGGGAAGGCCUUUCAUCUUCAGAGAGUACUCACUCGACAUAAAAGAAUACACAGUGGAGAGAAACCUUAUAAAUGUAAUGAAUGUGGAAAAGCAUUUCAUCAGUCCUCACACUUCUCUGACCAUAAACGAUCUCACAGUGGAGAGAGGCCUUAUGAAUGUAAGGAAUGUGGAAAAGACUUUAUUACAUCCUACAGACUUACUCAACACAUAAGAUCUCACCUUGGAGAGAAGCCUUAUGGAUGUAAGGAAUGUGAGAAAGCCUUUAUUACAUCCUACAAACUUACUCAACAUGUAAGAUCUCACCUUGGAGAGAAGCCUUAUGAAUGUAAGGAAUGUGGAAAAGCUUUCACUCGGUCAGACGCACUUACUAAACAUAUCCGAACUCACACUGGAGAGAAACCUUACGAAUGUAAGGAAUGUAGGAAAGCCUUUACUACAUCCUACAAACUUACUCAACAUAUAAGAUCUCACCUUGCAGAGAAGCCUUAUGAAUGUAAGGAAUGUGGAAAAGGUUUCACUCAGUCAGGCGCACUUACUGAACAUAUCCGAACACACACUGGAGAGAAACCUUACCAAUGUAAACAAUGUGGGAAAGCCUAUCGUUAUACCUCACAGUUCAGAAAACAUAUAAGAUCUCACAGUGGAAUAAAGCCCUAUGGAUGUGAGGAAUGUGGGAAAGCCUAUCAUCUUCAGACACUACUCAGUUUUCAUAAAAGAACACAUAGUGGAGAGAAGCCUUAUGAAUGUAAGGAAUGUGGGAAAGCCUUUAUUACAUCCUACAAACUUAAUCGACAUGUAAGAUCUCACCUUGGAAAGAAGCCUUAUGAAUGUAAGCAAUGUGGAAGAGCUUUCACGCGUUCAGACAGCCUUACUAAACAUAUCCGAUCUCACACUGGAGAGAAACCUUUUGAAUGUAAGGAAUGUGGGAAAGCCUUUAUUACAUCCUACAAACUUACUCACCAUAUAAAAUCUCACCUUGGAGAGAAGCCUUAUGAACGUAAGGAAUGUGGAAAAGCUUUCAUUCAGUCAGACACACUUUCUAAACAUGCACGAUCUCAUACUGGAGAGAAACCUUUAAUCAGUUAA